AUGCAGGUACGACGUGUAUUGUAUUUUCUGGCUCUAAUUAUGAGUGUUGCCUCUGUUUGCGUGGCGGCUGAAGAGAGUGAAUUGGAAGAGGUGGCCCAACAUAUUCCUGCACCUGGUUUUGGUGUUGGUGAAUGUCCUCCAGGCAAGACUGGUACUCCGUGUAAAAGUAAACCUGGCGUAGCUGAAGCUGCUCGUCCUGAGUGUGUGGAUGCUUCUGGAAACAAUAGUUGCCCUACUACUACUACCAUUAACACUGAAGACAAUUGCGGUGAUGGUUCUAAACCUCCUUGUCAACCACCUGCACAUAAAGGACAAAAAACCACUACAACAAAAAUACCAGAACAUAACGACAAGGGUCCUUCUGUGGAUCUUGGACCAGGUGGAGUAGCUGGUGAUGCUGCUGGUGCUCCUCCAGGUACUGGUGUUGCUCCUGCAGCUGGUCAUGAUGCUUCAACCAGUUCUACUGAAGAAGAGAAUCACGAUAAGAACCCUGUUCAAGGCGAAGCUGAUCCCGCUGCUCCUGCACCAGCUAAGGAAACGGGUGGUCUGAAUGCAGGUGACGGUGAUGCUGCAAGCAGCGAGAAAGGUACAGCAGGUGGAAGUGCAACAAACGCGGAGAGUACAGCACAACAGCCUUCUUCUUCUACCAACACAGUCACAGAAAGUGUCGGCAGUUCUGAUCCUUCAACUGAGAAAGAAAGUACAUCUGUAGAGAGUGGGUCACCAAGUACAGAGGAAGGGAAAGUGGGUAGUACAGAGACAACCACCACUACAACAACGCUUCUUCCUGAGACUGUAAACAACAAGAAGGGUGAUGCAGACAGCAGCAGCAGUAUCAGCAGUUCUGUGUGGAUGCGCACUGCAGCACCGCUACUGAUUGUGGUUGUGUUGUUCUCCGCUACCGUGUACUAA